UGUUGUCUGCCUCAAAGCUGGUCGGAGGGAGGAAGAGGAGGUUUUCAGUGAAGGAGGAGGGGCGGGUUGCGCCUUUAAGGAUCGGACCCGCGCCUUUAAGAGCCAGGACCGCUCGGUGCCUCGAUCCAGGGAAGCAGCUGUGGUCGGAAAGUUUGGAGUAGCGCCAGGAUCCGCGUAAUCGGGACACGUCCCUGCUUUUCGCAGCCUGUUUGUAGGAGGUAGGGUCCGAGCGAAGAGAGAAAGAAAAGAGUCCGCUGCACGGUCACAGGACCCCUGCACAGCUCCCGCGAUCCUCAGACGCAGAGCGGAUCCACGGCCCCCGGGACGAGACGUCGAUAGAUCCUUUGGGGAACCGAGCGAGACUCCCGACGAGUAGUCGCUCCAGUAGCGUCGGGAACGAUGGCACAGCAAUGGCCGUGGAUCUGCCUGUGUCUCCUGGCCGGAGCACUCAGUCCGACCACCGGACGUGAAUUCAGAGCUGAGGGCUGGCUCCAGCAGUACGGAUACCUGCCGCCGGGGGACCUGCGGAUGUCAAAGGCCCGGUCGUCGAACACAGUCUCCCAGGCAGUUGCUGCCAUGCAGCGGUUCUACGGGAUACCCGAAACCGGCCACCUAGACCAGACGACCCUGGAGUGGAUGAAGAAGCCGCGCUGUGGAGUCCCAGACAAGUUUGGGCCCAUCAUGAAAACCAACGUGCGACGGCGGCGAUUCGCCAUCCAGGGGCUGAAGUGGAACAACCGGGAGAUAACCUUCAGCAUCCAGAACUACACGCCAAAGGUGGGCGAGUAUGAGACGCAUCAGGCGAUCCGCCGCGCCUUCGGCGUCUGGCAGAAGGUGACGCCCCUCCGCUUCCGCGAGGUGCCCCACGCGAGGAUCCAGGACGGCUCCGAGCCCGUCGCCGACAUCAUCAUCUUCUUUGGCGAGGGCUUCCACGGCGACAGCACCCCUUUCGAUGGCGAGGGGGGCUUCCUCGCCCACGCCUUCUUCCCGGGACCCGCUAUUGGGGGUGACACCCACUUCGAUGCUGCUGAACCCUGGACCCUGGGUGACCGUGACCUCAUGGGGAACGACAUUUUCUUGGUGGCUGUGCACGAGCUGGGCCAUGCCCUGGGCCUGGAACACUCCAAUGACCCAAGUGCCAUCAUGGCUCCCUUCUACCAGUGGAUGGACACGGAGAACUUUGUACUGCCCGACGACGACCGACGAGGAAUUCAGCAGCUGUAUGGACCGCCUGAUUAUGGUCCCAGACCAAAGCCCACCAAACCACUUCCCACCCUGCACCCGAAGGUGCCCAGAAAACCCACCAAGGACCCCUUCCAUCCUACGAAGCCCUCAAAUCCUUACGGACCCAGGAUCUGUGAUGGCAACGUUGACACGGUCACCAUGCUUCGAGGAGAAAUGUUUGUCUUCAAGGGCAAAUGGUUCUGGAGGAUCCGAGAUGGGAGGGUUCUGGACAACUACCCCAUGCCCAUUGGCCACUUCUGGGUGGGUCUGCCGUCCAACAUCAACACUGCCUAUGAAAGGAAGGAUGGCGACUUUGUCUUCUUCAAAGGAGACCGUCACUGGGUGUUUAAGGAGGCCACCGUACAGCAGGGAUACCCCCGCCCCCUGAAGGACCUGGGCGCCCGGGUUCCACGGGACCGCGUUGACGCUGCGCUCUGGUGGAGCCUCAGCGGGAAGACCUACUUCUUCCGCGGUGACAAGUACUACCGGUUUAACGAGGACACCCUGUCCGUAGACGCGGACUAUCCCAAACCCAUUUCCGUCUGGCACGGUAUUCCCAACUCUCCGAAAGCAGCCUUUGUCUCCGAGGAUGGAGCUUACACCUACUUCGUAAAGGGGAACCACUACUGGAAGUUCAAUAACCAGCACCUAAAGGUGGAGCCAGGCUUCCCCAAGUCGAUGCUGCGGGACUGGUUUGGUUGCCAGCUCCCUCGUGACCGGGACACGGAGGAGGAGAUCCUGGUUGAGGUGGAGGAGUCCCAGGUGGAGAUAAACCCAGCGGCCGUGGUGGUGCCAGUACUCCUGCUGAUCGCUGUUCUAGUGCUGAUUGCCCUGCUUGUUGUCUUUAAGAGGAAUGGCACCCCCAAGAAGCUACUGCAUUGCCAUCGCUCCCUGCUGGACCAGGUGUGAGGGGAUGUCCCAGGUGGGAAUUCCCAGACUGCUCCCAGACCCGAUCGUCUGACACCCAUCACACCCUGUCCCACACAAACCAGCCUCCCCCACCCCCCAAACCCUGGCUGUCUUACACCGUCCCAUACCCCAUCUGUCCCAUCUCCAAAACCUGACCAUCUUAUCCUGUCUCCUCCUGACCCAGCACGGACCCCAGCCAUCCCUCGACCAUCCUAAUCCUAAACUCCAGACCGAGUGCCUUAACAUUGUCCGACCCUGUCUUCUCCUGCCUUGCCCCAACCCCAAAACUCAAUCCAUCUUCACACCAUCUCCCAAGCUUUAACCCGUCCCAGCUGUCCCUCCCUGUGGCACCCAGUCACAAAACUGAUCGGCCUGCCUCACUCGCAGAUCUUGACCACCUAACACCAUCCCAGACCCAUCUCAUGGCAUGCCACACCAUCUCACAGACCCAUUUCCAAACCCAUCCUACAGUUCCCACUGUCCUAGCCCCUUACUUGUCUUUCCCCUCACCCCAUCUCACCCUCUUACAGACACCCACCCCAUCAUAAUGUCCCCCCCCAUUCCCCUCUCCCUACAUAUCAACACCCCCACGGCCCCUCUCCUCCCCUGUUCCCAGCCUGUCCUGUCCCAUCCCUUCACCCACACUACGAACAGAACCCCCCCCCCCCCCCGCCCAAUUUAAAAAGACUGUCCCACCAGCCAGGCAAGAAACCCCUGACCCCUGAUGCAGGGGUGAGAGAGAGAGUGUGACCCCGGAGUACGAUCAUCCGUUCCCCAAACCCCCUCUCAUCCCCAGUUGUCCCACUAAACACCCCGACCCGUCAGGAUGCAGAAUGGGGGCACUCUUAAAGGUAAAGGUACCAUCAGCAGGGCAGCAAGAGCCCUGCAGACUCUCUGUGUGUUGCGUGUUUUUAUAUAUUAUAAGUGCGGUUAUUAAAACGCCCGUCUCAGCCGAGCGCAAAUGACCAAGUUAACCUGCUGCGCAGGUGCUGGUGUUGGUCCGAGUACCUCGGCCAAAUCCCUCCCCCCACCAUCACUGCAGACUGCAGUUCAGCCCCCUUCGUGUUUUUCUAAGAUAAGAAAAAAUAUUAAAUUGUGAUUUUUUUUGGUCUUUUUUUUAGUGUUAUGUUUUUGUUUUCCUCUGUGGGUUAAUUAAAAAGAAUUGUGGAA